AUGACGGCGAUGGACGACAUUUUCGCCCGUUACACAGGCCAGACGGUCCCUGUGUCUUUCAAUGUCGGCUUCGUUGUCCUUAGCUAUGUGGUGAGCCUGCUUGGGGCGGGAUCAACCCUUGAGUUGAUAAACCGCCGCACGUCGCUUAAGGGCUUGUACAACCACUUCCUACUGGUGGGCGCUGCUGUUUCCAUGGGAGGAAUUGCGAUUUGGUCUAUGCACUUCAUUGCCAACCGGGCCAUUAUACUCCUCGAUGGCGAACCAGAGGUUCAGAUCGCUUAUUCAACAGGAAUCACGGCGGCUUCGUUCUUCGUGCCUAUCCUCGUGCUGUUGCUGGCGUUCGUGGCCGUCAACGCUAGCAAUGAGAUCAAGUGGUGGAGGGUUGUCACAUCAGGAUUCCUGUCCGGCGGCGCUAUUUGUGGAAUGCACUACCUUGGCGAUGCCGCAAUCAGCAAUUAUCACUGCCGGUACGUGACAGCAAAUGUCGUCGGCGCUUCUGUCAUCGCUGUCACUGCUAGCACUGUCGCCCUUUCGUUGUUCUUCGUGUUCCGGGCCGCCUGGACGAACUCAUGGUUGCGAAGAUGUGGUUGUAUGGUUCUCUUAGCUGGGGCAGUAUCGGGAAUGCACUGGUGUGCUUCUUUGGGCACGCAAUACGUCCUGCUGGAAUCUGCCGUCGGAGACAGCGAUAGUGGUUCACGAAACACCACCACCAUCGUAGUCAUUUGCCUGGCCGCGGCAGCUUCCGUCAUCCUGGUCAUUGUUUCUGUCUUGUCAGCUCGUACUAUGAGGAGAUACGCCACGAAAGCCCACCAAGUCUCUUUAGCACUGGCAGUCUUCGACAGGCAAGGAAGAAUCCUGGUCAGCCCAGACGGUCUCCUUCCCAGCGAGAAAGUUGCCGAAACAUUCCCGCAAAGAUCCCACGAUGAUUUCUUCUCAACGGCACAUCCCCUAUUCCACUGGAUGUUCCGGGCAUCACGAAGCUGGUCAAGUAUUUCCACGCUACUCCCCUGGAUGAUGGCACACCUCGACAACCUCCCCCGCCACAACCGCGGUGCCCGCUCGGGAACUCGAUUGAUCGAAGAGAACGGCCAGUUGGUGGAGAACUACGAUAUUAUCUUCCGUGAGCUGUUCUGUCUAGCUUCAGAGUCUCUAGCAACGAGAAUGUCCGAAAACAUUCAAGACUUGGGCAAGCUUUGGGGCGAGAUAUUCCACACUGGUAUUGAGACAAGACCCGCCAUUCGGAUGUCUGAAACGUUUGAGGUUGCCACCAAGGCUGCUCGGAAGCAAGACGUCUCGAAAGAUCCCAGUCAGCUUGAACGGGGUCUGGCUCAUAAGAAUGAAGGCUAUGGUCGAGGCUCUCUCAUGUUUCUCGUGCGCCAUGUCGAGAGUCCCAACGAUAUUGCAAGGCUGGAAGCAGCAGGCUACCGAUUUGCCGAUACACACCGAGUUGUCGAAAUCAUCCGGUCGAGCAUGCAAAUCAAGACACGACGUCUUGAAGAAAAGUUACGCGAGAUGUCCGGUUACUCAGAGCUUGAUGGCAUGCUCGAGCCUGGCGUCCAUGUUGGCGUCUUUGCCGUUCGCGCGCGAUUGGACAAAUACGGCUUUGAUGUCAUGGUAGACUCCGAAACCAAGAACGCCUUACCAACACGCAAACUACCGUACAGACAACUGGAACAGUGGCAGAAGGACAUUCUGGUCCAAGUGGAGGGCUUACCAAUUCAGACCCUCCUCAUAAGGCUGGCGAUGAUACAAGAAGGCUCAACCCGUGAAGUUGAAUUUGCCAGUCAGCUCAGAACGGCGAUAGUGAAGUUACGGGACGACCUGGAUGACUCUUCCCUGGACAGCGCGGUAUUAUCCUCUAAAGUGGUCGAAGUGCCCUGCCUUCCCCUCGACAGCGCACGAUCUUCUACCUGCUCCCUCAUCACUCUCCAAUUAGUUCUCGACAUCAACACCAAGUUGAGCGCUCGGAAGUAUGACUUCAUUCCAUUGCAGUUUUUCAAGGUCCAACAGAUGGUUCGUGAAAACUCGCCUCAUCAAGCCGCUUUCUCUCGCGCUCUCCACCGCGAGAUGUCAAGCGUGAUGACUUUCUACCCAUCGACCCAACCUCCCCAGCGACUUGGAAAGCGGACUAUGAGCUCAAGUUCAUCAACAAUCAACUUAUAUAGGCCCCAGGAUGGUCUUUCUGGACAGUCUCAGUCCUCAGGAAGAACCUCACCUGUCUACGACGAGCCAGAAUCCACAGUCCCAACAAAUAAGCCGUCUUUGUUUGGUGGUAUCAUGGUCUCACAAGAAAUUGCCAUAGAGGUGGCUGAAGUUAAGACGGAAAAGACGAACCAUAUCGCCAAUCGGCUCAAUAUACCAACCAAAACGAAGGGCAUACUGCGCAAAUCGUCGCAGAGACUAGGUUCCGUCGAUACAACAAAGGGCAGGCAGAUAGAGAUGGGACGAGUCAAAACGCCGACGACAGCAAUCCUCAACGGGACGAACUUCGACUUCAACGUCGAGGCUUUUGAAAAGGAUCAAGAAGUCACCACUUUCGUGGACGAUCUUUUUGCGUCGUGCGUUGAGUCAAUAAGGCAGUGA